AUGUCGGGAUCAUUUCCAAUGAACGGUGGAAAUGGCAUCUACAGCUACACCAAGAACUCCGAAUUUCAGAGAGAAGCUUUAAACACAAUAAAAGAAAUGAUCGACAUGGCAAUUGCUGAGAAGCUUGACGUAAAACACUUGACUUCUACUUCAAGAUCAAUUCAUCUUGCAGACUUGGGAUGUUCAGUUGGACCAAAUACUUUCAUUGCCAUGCAAAAUGUAAUAGCAGCUGCGGAAAAGAAAUACUAUGCUAAAAGUCUAUCUUCCGAAAAGCUUGAAUUUCAAGUGUUUUUCAAUGAUCAUAUUUCCAAUGAUUUCAAUACCCUCUUUGCCGCCCUCCCUGUUGAUUGA